AUGAAAGUCUCUUAUCUCUUGCCAUUUAUUGGGCUAGCCCAAGCUGUCCCUGCUCCUAAUCCUUCUUACCCUUCUAUUUUCGACAACCCUACUAUUCCCGUCGGCGCUCCAGCUUCCUUCAAAGAUCUGCCAGCGCUGUCGCACGUCCGACGAGCUGCAAUGCCGCAGACCUUCCUCAAUGUUUCAUUCUGCGAUGUGACCGUCACCGGUGAUCCAGGCUUCUAUACGUCGUGGAAAGCACAAACGACCAAAGGACGUCUGUACAUCACUGAAGGGAUUCCGACCCCCGGCACAAAGAAUGGUGACAACCCUUACGACGUGUAUUUGAGUAGCGGCUCUCUGGCUGGGGGAGGUGGCAUACAGUUCACCACCAACAAAUGCCUACUUACGCUGCCAAACCGCAUUGACACUUCCAAAGUCGAUUAUGCCCAAGUUCGCAUUGCAAGCGAUGGUAACACCGUUGCGACGGUUGACUAUUCCAAUCUUGUCACCCCUAGGACCGAGUCGCCAGUGCAGUUCACCACUGAGCCCAACAUUGGUACUGUUAACAAUUGGGUCUAUGGCCCGCCCACUCGGCGCUUGGCCUUUGCGCCGUCUUACAUUUCUAUCAAGGUUGGCGAUAAGGGAAUCGUUUCUGGUGGUGUUCUAUUGACGAGCAAUCCAUACGGCUCUGGGAGCAUUGACUACUUUGCCCGCAUUACUGGUGUCUGUGGGAACAUGCGUAUGCCCAUCGUAGCUUGA